AUGCCGGGGCAGGACGGAUGCAGCCUUCGGACGGCGGCGGUCGACGACGAAUUCCAACGCGGUGGAGGUGGAGGUGGAGGAGCCGUGCUGACGCGUGCUGACAACCUUUCGCGUCGACUGAAGUUCCACUUGAUUCGGCACGGACCUUGCAACCACGGAGGCUGGAAGGAGCAGAUGAGAUUCCCUGACCACGUCGCAGCACCGGUGGAAUCAGCCUCACACAUCGGCGAAGGAUGCUACACUGCUCAGAGCAACAUGAUGGUGCAUCAGAACAUCUACGGCUCCAUACAGUCGUUCGUAGAAACAAGAUUGAAAGCGAAGGGUCACUUGGAGCCUUGCAUCUCGAAGGAUAGUCAAAACUGCGGCGGCAUGGGUUCAUGCGUCUACUGUCAUAAGUGUUACCCGAACGAAAGUUAUAACCGUGCUUUCCUGAAACUCAUCAUUAACGGUCGAUCGGCCGGCUGCGAAAAGGCAAUCAAGAAGGGUCCAAACAACUUGAAGAUGAUCUUCUGCAUGCCAACGUUAGGCGAAUUCCUGAACGUUACGCAGAUGGAUAUUAAUUUCUGGAACAAUCAUAUUGCACGGCAGGUGAGAAUUCCCACUGAUCGCAGCGGCAAUAUCAAAUCGUGCUUUCCACUGCUGCUCGCUACCUACCUCACCGACAGGUGA